CUGAUCUGUCAACUUUUAAAUGCCAAGUUGGUAGCUUUAAAAUUGAUCCAUUAAACCUACUAGUCUACUACUAUUUAUCCACUUUUCAAACAAGCUAGCUUCUUUCACCAUAAUUUCAACACUUUCUUUUUCAAUUUAAAUCUAUAUAUACGUACACAACUACUCCACCACAAGUAUUUUUCAAUUUAAAGUGCUUUUGAGAUAAAGAGAUUUUGGAAUCAAGAAGAAAAAGAAUAUGGCGAGCUCCCUUAAUCUUCCGGAAGAGUUGAUCAUAGAGAUCAUGUCAUGGCUUCCUCCUGAGUCUUUGAUCCAAUUCAAGUGCGUUGGCAAGUAUUGGUACAAGCUCGUGAAUUUCCUUCUCGAGGAUCCAUCUUUCGUCGCUAAACAUCUCCGAAACCAAAACGACAGCAAUAUCUUCUCCUCUCCAAACAUUGCCGUGAGUUGUCUACACAUAUACGACACCCCAGUUUACAGCUACAAAGAGCUUUUCGCUUUGAUCUCGCUUUCGAAUUCCAACCAAAACGACACCGAUUCUUCUGUCGCCGAAGACUUGAACCUUCCAAUCAUACCGGGCGAGAAGGAUAUGAGUUGCCUCACGGUAAGUCAUUGCAACGGUAUCGUUUGUGUUGCCGAUUACUAUCACAACAUUAUCUUAUCCAAUCAGGCUAUGAAAAAAUCCCGGGUUUUGCCCAAACCCGGUCUCAUGGGUCGGUUCGUAUUGCAAGGAGUCGGGUUCGGGUAUGAUUCCGGGAGCAAUGACUAUAAAGUCGUCAGGUUUGGGCGUGACCAUUCUCUUUAUCCGAGAGCUGAGGUUUACAGCUUGAGAUUCGACUCAUGGAAAGAGAUUGGAAUCGAUUCCGGGACCGAUUACUUUCCGAGUCUUCACAUCGACACUUACUUCAAUGGAGCUUUCUACUGGCUCAUGUCGGGGCCGAGGUUCAUGAUCCAGUCUUUCGACAUGUCCGAUGAGGUGUUCCGUACCGAGCCGUUGCCGGAAAUUCUUCAAACGGCGAAGUCGCAGUGGAUGAGCCUCGGGGUUUGGAAUGAUUCCGUUGCUCUCUUUUUCUGUCCUGGAGGUAAAGGAACUCCGGUCACUGUUGAUAUUUGGGUCAUGAAGGAAUGUGUUAAUGGGCGUCAUUCUUGGAAGAAGGGUUUGACAAUUGGGCCUUUUAAAGGAAUUGAUUGCCCAUUGGGCUUUUGUAAUGAAGAAGAGUUUGUCAUGAGAUCUGCCAACUAUAAGGAGGUAGUGUCUUACAACGUUCGCACCCAUAAUCUCAGGAAUAUAAAGGUAGAAGGUUUGGAUGGAAUUGGGUGUCGAGCUUUUUCUUACGUGAAGAGUUUGGUUUCCGUACAAACAAAUAAGGAAUGAGAUAGGAGAGAGCCUUCUCCUUUACUUUAUUUUUUGCUUUGUAUUGUACAAAGGAGUUUAUUUAUUUAUUGUUACUUGCACUUUUGAUUAUGCUUAUGGAUAUGUAAAGUACAUGAUAUGUAAUGUCUAUAUUAUAAGUUUCUAAAUUCUAAUGAGUAUACCUUAUCUUUAUUCGAUCAA